AUGGACCCAGUCGUCCCUCCAGAAAUCACUGCUGAACUGACUCAGAUACUCUCUAAUCUCGUACUGGGUGACAAUGAGAUCAGAUCCAACGCUGAGCAAACUGUCAACGACCGCCUGGCCCACACACCAGAGAUCUAUCUCCUCGCAUUAGCUCAGUUCUCGAUUGUAGCAGAUACAGAAGUGAUGCGUUCUUUUUCACUCGUUCUCCUUAGAAGACUGCUUUUUCGUCAGUCACAAGCGAGCUCGCCGACACAUCCACGCCUCACUUUGUAUGACCACCUGUCGUCACAAACGCUGACUACCCUCGAGCGGCUCCUCCUGCACUCCCUUUCCCACGAGCCGUCAUCAGUGGUCCGCCGGAAAUCCGUGGACUCGGUAUGUGAUCUCGCAAACCAGGGCAUGUCUCGGGGCCGACCAUGGCAUGCAUUACAAGCUCAGGUAUUUUCUAUGGCACGAGAUCAUGACCCUUCCAUGCGGGAAACAGCCUAUCGUGUCUUCUCCGGCUGUCCAAAUCUUGUCAUGGACCUCCAGACGGAUGCUGUGCUCAACGUCUUUAGAAAUGGCUUGCAAGAUCCAUCAUCUAUCGAUGUUCGACACACAGCUCUCUUAGCAUCUGUGGCGUAUCUUAAUGCAGCAGAUCCAACACAGCUUGCCCAAUCGUUAUCGCUAAUGUAUCCCAUCCUCGAGACACUACCAUCUACACCCCAUCGACACCUUACUUCCCUUUUGACCGCAUUGCACCCUCUAUGCUCCACACAUCCUACACUUUUUUCAAUCCACCUACCGGCGUUAUUGUCCUUCCUUCCUUCUUUAGUUCUGCCGGUUGCUGACAGUGGCCCAACCCCAACGAUGAAGCAACCAUUCACAUUUCCUCCUUCGUCAUCAACGCAAGGAAAAGACCCUGAGGAAGAUGACGAGGAUAUCAAGACCCUGAGACUCGCUGCCUUGGAGAUGAUGGUUAGUCUAACGGAAGCCAAGCCGAGCAUGGUCAGGAACGUCGAGGGGUGGGUAAGAUUACUCGUCCGCGCUUGUCUCGAGGGUAUGGGCGAGUAUGAUGAUGACGAGGACAGUACUCUGGAGUGGCUCAAAGAAGACCCAUCUGCAGGAACAACGGAAGCAGAUGACGCUGCACCUGCUCUAUAUGAACAUUCUCUUGAUCGCGUCGCUUGCGCGUUGGGAGGGAACGCAGUGCUUCCACCAGCAUUUCAAUAUAUUCCUUCCAUGCUUGCGAGCUACGAUUGGAGGGCUAGGCAUGCGGGUCUUAUGGCUAUUGCGGCCAUUGCAGAAGGCACCGGAAAAGUAAUGAAUUAUCAGCCAUCUCGAACGCUUGUAACCCCGAUGUUCGCAGACACCCAUCCCCGAGUGCGCUGGGCGGCAUGCCAAUGCGUCGGUCAACUCUGCACUGAUCUCGCCGACCUGCUACAAGAAAACCACUACGACUCUCUUCUGAAUGUCCUCAUACCCACACUAGAAGACCCUGAACCUAGAGUUCACUCUCACGCCUCGGCGGCUUUGAUUAACUUUUGUGAGGGUGUUGAGCGAGAUACCCUAUUGCCGUACCUGGAUCCUAUCGUAGAACGAUUGCUGAAGCUGCUUACUGGUACCACAGACCGACGAUAUGUUCAGGAGCAAGCUAUCACGACACUUGCAAUGGUGGCCGAUGCAAGCGAGAGGACAUUUGGAAAGCACUAUACUAUUAUAAUGCCGCUUUUACUAAAUGUACUGCGUAACGCGGAUUCUAGCGAAUUUAAGAAGAUGAGGAAUAAAGCUAUGGAAUGUGCAGGGCUGAUUGCUAUCGCAGUUGGACCGGAGACUUUUCGACCUGACGCCAGCGCGCUUGUUGAACUUCUCAUCCGAAUUCAGAAAUCCCCUCCGGAUCCUUCUGACACGCAGGUAGCGCAUUAUCUCAUGGGCACUUGGGCCAAGGUCUGCCAAGCCAUGGGGCUGGAGUUCGAGCCCUACCUUCCGGUGGUUAUGCCGGGUCUCUUGGCGAUGGCGAGCAAGAAAGCGGAUGUCAGCGUUUAUGACGCACCGGCGUCUCCUACGGAGACCCCGCCAUCGACGCCGGGCUGGGAUAUCAUCUCCAUGGACAACCAGCUGCUCUCUGUGCGGACAUUGGGAAUAGAGGAAAAGUGUCAGGCUCUGGAGACAAUGCUCAUCCAUGCGUCUACGCUAGGAAGCAAAUAUGGCAUGUGGGUCAGUCAGAGUUUGGAAGUCGCUCUAGGGGGGUUGAAAUUCUAUUUUCACGAUGGUGUAAGAGAGGCAUGUGCCAUGCUCCUUCCUAUCCUCCUACAUUCGGGCCACACUUCUGGCACCCUCACGCCCCAGAUGAUCCAUGCAACAUAUGCUCAGCUCAUCUCGUGUGUGACGACGGAGCAAGACGCCGGAUUCCUAAGCUCGCUAUUUAAGAGUCUAGGUGACUGUUUGAAGGUCAGCAUACAGAUGACCCAUGAGAUCGUGACGCCUGAGGUAAAGCAAAGCAUCGUGGAUGCGGUUAAGCGGCAGUUGAGUCGGAUUGCGGAGAUGCGGCGGGGGAGGACGGGGCGGCAAUUGGACGAGGAGGAAGAUGAGGACUUGGCGCUGAUUGAGGAGAUGGAGGAUUUCGCGUUGGAGGAUAUGGGAAAGCUUUUGGAGGUGAUAUAUGAGGGGAGAAUACCGCCUGGGCCGGACGGUGAGGCAUUGUUGGUGGGGCUGGGGAGUGUCAGAGAUUUAGGAAGCUCGAAGCUGAGGCAAGAAUGGGAAUGA